GAAUGCGGUUAGGCUGUCCGUCAACUUGACUGUGAGAGUAAGGUGAAAACAGGGACGAUUUUCGUGGUGGAAAUGUUUUGUAUCAAUCUGACAGCUUUCGGAUUUAAAAUAACACAUCAACGAGCAUCGAGGAAGGAUGAAUCAGCGUGGAGAGGAUGCACAGACACACACCUGAGCCCUGUGUAAAGAUCUGAGGAGAUGAUACCAGAGGCCUCAGCUACAGCUGCAUCCAGAGCCUCAGCACAGAUGAACUCUCAUGAUGAGGCAAAUUCCUCCGGUGCUGUCAAUCACUCAGAGGACGAGUCGGGGAAUGAGAACAGACAAAAGAGUGUGAGACGAAGAAAAAGGCCGCACAAGGGCUCAGAGAAUGUCAAACGCAAAAGUGCCAAAGCCAGUUGCAGCAGUGUUAGCAGAGCCGGAGGCAGCCGCGGUAAACGGGGGCAUGUGGAGGCCGUCACCCUGUUCGAAGUGGUCACCAUGGGCAGGAGUGCCAUGCAGGUGGUGAUUGAUGACUGGAUUGAGGCUUAUGUGACGGACAGAGACUCUUCUCUCCUCGAUCUAAUCAGCUUCUUCAUCCAAUGCUCGGGGUGUAAAGGUGUGGUCACAGCAGAGAUGUGUCAGAGUAAAGAGGACAGUGAAAUCAUGAGUAAGAUGGUGGAGGAGCUGGAUGAGGUCUCUGGUCUGCAGUAUAAGAAGUUCCUGGCCUUCCCGUGGAUCCUCACAGUCACGUGGCCCAUGGAUACUGAUAGUGUGGAGUAUCCUCUGAUACAAUCUGGACCGUACGGACGCUGGUUCCACUCUGAGUUCUGCGAGUUUGUGUCCGUGCUGGUGGCUCAGUGUCAGCACAGCGUCAUAUUUGACGGUUAUCUGAUGAACACCCUCAUCUCACUGCUCACCGAGCUGUCGGACUCUUACGUACGGGCUUUCAGACACACCUGCACGCUAGCAGCGGUGAAGCUGCUGAGCUCUCUGGUGGGCGUGGCUCUGAGCCUGAGCGUCGGCAUUGAAAACAGUCAGAAACUACACGAGGUGCAGAAGACGAAGACGAGACAGAAAAGCACACUGCAACAGGAGAGAAUACAGAAGAAGAUCACCGAGCUGCAAGAGAAGAGGGCGGAGAUAGAGAGCAUGAUGGACAUCAUCUUCAAAGGAAUUUUUCUAAAAAGAUAUCGCGAUGUGCUUCCAGAAAUCCGCUGUAUCUGUAUGGAGGAGUUGGGUUUGUGGAUGAAGCUCUACAGUUCUGCAUUUCUCACUGACAGCUACCUCAAAUACAUGGGCUGGAUGAUGCACGACAAGAUGCCAGAUGUGCGUCUGAAGUGUGUGUUAGGUCUACAGGGUUUGUAUGGAGAUCCCCCUCUCCUCCCUAAACUUGACCUGUUCACCAACCGCUUCAAGGACCGGAUGAUCUCCAUGACUCUGGAUAAGGACAAUGAAGUGGCAGUGCAGACCAUGAAACUGCUGCUUCUUAUCUCCAAAACGUCUGAUGUGCUUAGUCCAAAGGACUACAAGCAGCUGCUCCAGUUUGUUUACUCUUCUCAGCGCCCUUUAGCGGCCACUGCAGGGGAGCUGCUCUUUUCACGGCUUCUCAACACUGUAGCCCCUGCAUCUGAUACUCAGGAUGAAAUAAAUGAGGAGGAGGCCCAUAAACAACAAACAUCUGCCAGACUGAAGGCUCUGCUGCAGUUCUACCAGGAGUCUAAGCUGCACAAGCAUGUGGUGUACCUAGUGGACAGUCUGUGGGACUGUGGUGGAGCCCUGCUGAAGGACUGGCACACACUCACAUCUAUACUGCUGCAGGACUCUUCCUCACACUUACCAGGUCUUACUCAGGCAGAACAAGCAGUGCUUGUAGAGCCUGUAGCAUCGGUGCGCCAGGCUGCAGAGGGCCCAGCGCUGGCAGGAAGGAGCGGAGCCAAGAAGGUAAUGAAUGCCAGAGAAAAGAAAAUUCAGAUUGAUGACUGCACUAAGCUCACUGGUCAUCUCCUCGUGGUGCUUCCUAAGUUACUGUCCAAGUUUUCAGGUAGUUGUGACAUUGUUGCCUCCCUGAUGAAGAUUCCUCAGCACUUCCUCUUUGAAUGUCUUGAGGCUGACAACACACAGGCUGUAUCCGGCCUGACGGCAGAGAUAGGGGCUGUGUUGGAGCGCCACUCGGGCCCCCCUGUUCUGGAGGCUGCAGCCCGUACGUUCCUUAGUCUGUGUGGGGCGGAGACGGCCUGCUGCUCCGUGGCCCGGGCCGCCAGAGACUCUCUGGUCCAGCGCUGGGUGGAUCAACUGACAGCACUGCUGGGGGACACCCUAUCACUUAAGGGUGAGAGUCAAAGUUUCUCUGCUGACGAGGAGAAAACUGGAGAGAUUUUAGCCACACUGAAGAAACUCCGAGCUUUCCACAACUGUCAUGACCUCCUCAAGUGGAACGUGUUUGAGCUUUUGUCUCCUCUCCUGUCAGUGGAGAGCAGCGAGGGAGGAGCACCGCCUGAGGUGCUACUGGAGGUGCUGCAGUGUCUGUGUUACUGCAUGCUCUGGUCUCUCAACACCAGUACUGAAACGUUAACCUCCAGAGAACCCCCAAAAUCCAACGAGGACAGCGGACUUGGGGGCCUGGUGUUUGAAAACCCGCUUUCCCCAGUUCUACGUUCCUCUAAAACCCCCAGUCCCAAACUGCAGAGGGCGCUGUUGACCUUUGUGUGCAUGCACAUCUUUGUUGGACCGGACUGUGACAGCCAGAGCAGCGUGAGUGAAAACUCUGAAGUGGAGAGGCUGGAGGACCUUCACAAACGAAGAAAUCUGCUGGCGGCCUUCUGCAAACUGAUAGUUCAUGGAGUGCUGGAGACGAGCAUGGCAGCUGAGGUCUUCAUGUACUAUGUGAAGUACUAUAACGACUUCGGAGACAUCAUCAAGGAGAUGAUGUACAGGACCAGGCAGAUGGAUAGAAUAGAGAGUGCUCGGACACUGGUGCUCUGUUUGCAGCAGCUGUUUGUCCGUCUGAAGCGAGAGCAGGAGAGCGGCACUAGGGCUCACCCAGGGGUCCAGACCUUCACCUGCAUCAAGGAGCUCGCCAGGCGGUUCGCCCUCACCUUCGGGGACCUCGUCAAGUUUCGUGAGUGUGUCGUCAUGAUCCACAGGAACGGCAUAGAGUUUGUUUUCCAAGAGUUUAGUCAGACCCCAGAAACACCUACGCCACCGUACCUCUCCUACCUGACCAUCCUCAGUGAGUUCUCCAGCAAACUCCUCAAACCGGACAAGAAAACAGUGUUCUCCUACCUGCAGAAGCACACUGUGGAGCAUAUUAUUGACCUCAGGGAGGAGUGCUGGCAGCCUCUCAUCUACUACCGUGUUUCCCUGUUGGCUGUGGUUGAAGGAGAAGAUGCCAUGUCCUACGUUAGCUCCGACAGAAAGCUGCACCUGCCAAAUCGCUCUCCCUUCUCCAGACAAAAGCUAGAAGGAAGCAAGUCCCCCUGCGCAUUCAGCCCUGUCGACUCCAAAGUUAGUAAAGUUCCCAAGUCCAGCUUCAGUCUAAGCAAUCAGGAAAGGACAACUGACAUGGAUCCCUUUUCUGUCCCGGUGGAACCUCCUGCAAAAAGACUGAGCAUCGAGGGAUCUGUCCUCAGCACCGGAAACGAGGCGGAUAACGACACUGUGGAAGUCGAACUGUAACAAUUAGGAAGUUGUAGGAGAAUCGGUGCUGCUGUCUAGAUGACGAAAACCUCACACUGGACAUCACAAUAUUUGGAGCGAGACGUUUUCCUUUUUUUGUGUCUUCUCUGUGCUGAUGUGCAGACUUCCCAUUUUUGCUGUACAUCAUGUGUUAUAUGAGGACAUAGUUUUAAAGGUGCCCUGCCACACCUAUUUCAUUACUUUGUGGUAAUGUCUGAAGUUCUACCAUGAACUCUUUAACAUUUUUAAAUAGUCCCACAAUUCUAGUGUGGGAAGCCUGCAGGAAGACUAGAAUUUGUGCCAGUUCUCAUUAACAUUCAGCGAGCUAAGCUGAUUGGCUAACAGCUAGCCAAUGAGAGCCUUGCUAGCAGCAUCUUUUACCCAGUGCAACUGGGAGAGCUCAUGAAUAGUAAUAGAGCUCAGGCAACAUGACGUUCAUUUUCCCAUUCACCAACAUAACACAAACACAUAUGGACCUAUCAUAUUUCAAAAAAUGCAAAACGGUGUUGUGUGGCAGGGCACUUUUUAAAGGAUGACUCAACAAUAUUACAUUAUAUAUAUUUUUUCAUUGUCAACAAAUCCCAUGAAAAACAAAAACCACAAAGAAUUGAUUGUACUAUUACUUUUGCAGCUAAAGCCUGAUACAUCUUAAUCUUCAGUGCCAUAAACCUCAAUUGUUGCCCCUAAAGU